AGAGGAGGGGGAAGUGGGAGGAGUGAAGGGUGGGGAAGGGGACUGCCAAAGAUGACUUUCAGGCUCCGGAAACCCACAUCUUUCAGCCUCCGCUGUUUCUGAGUUGCAAAUUGUCAGGAACUGGUGGACUGCAGGCAGCCCGCCGUUGUUGACUGGAAGUCGAUUUCCAUCUCUGAGACACUAGUUCGAAUGGGCUGUGUGUUCUGGAAGGGGGUGGAAGUAGAGAGGAGGAGAUGCUGGGAGCAGAGUUCUUGAAGCUCCACUCCUCUGGGGAAGCCGAGCUGUGAGGGAGCCUUCUUACUGAGCGGAGCGUGUGAAGUGGAAAGGAUCCUGAGAGCUGGCUAGUCUCAGUUCCUCUCCGGAGAAGCAGUCGCUCCGGCUUCAGAGAAGUGCCCAGCCUUCGCCUGCAUCACGCUGCAUCCUUUAAGACCUUAUUGAAACUACAAACUCAUGUCCACAGUGGUUUCCUGUUGACAGCCUGCAUAUUUUGAAAGCUUGAGGUAUUUUAUAAUGAGACAUACCAUGUGGAAACUUUGAAGCAUAGAAUUCUGCCAGACUUCUGAAGAAAGAAUUCCUCACCUGGUAUGUAAGAGAACUCCCCACCGCCACCAUGACAAACCAGGAAAAGUGGGCCCACCUCAGCCCCUCAGAAUUUUCUCAGCUUCAGAAAUAUGCUGAGUAUUCUACAAAGAAAUUAAAAGAUGUUCUUGAAGAAUUCCAUGGUAAUGGUGUGCUUGCAAAGUAUAAUCCUGAAGGGAAACAAGACAUUCUUAACCAAACAAUAGAUUUUGAAGGUUUCAAGUUAUUUAUGAAGACAUUCCUGGAGGCCGAGCUGCCUGAUGACUUCACAGCCCACCUCUUCAUGUCUUUUAGCAACAAGUUUCCUCAUUCUAGUCCAAUGGUAAAAAAUAAGCCCGCUCUCCUGUCAGGUGGUCUGAGAAUGAGUAAAGGUGCCAUCACGCCUCCCCGCACUUCUCCAGCAAAUACGUGUUCCCCAGAAGUGAUCCAUCUGAAGGACAUUGUCUGUUACCUGUCUCUCCUUGAAAGAGGAAGACCUGAGGAUAAACUGGAGUUCAUGUUUCGCCUCUACGACACGGAUGGAAAUGGCUUCCUGGACAGCUCGGAGCUGGAAAACAUCAUCAGUCAGAUGAUGCACGUGGCCGAGUACCUGGAGUGGGACGUCACUGAGCUUAACCCAAUCCUUCAUGAAAUGAUGGAAGAAAUUGACUAUGAUCAUGAUGGAACCGUCUCUCUGGAGGAAUGGAUUCAAGGAGGAAUGACAACAAUUCCACUUCUUGUGCUCCUGGGCUUAGAAAACAACGUGAAGGAUGACGGCCAGCAUGUGUGGCGACUCAAGCACUUUAACAAACCCGCCUACUGCAACCUUUGCCUGAACAUGCUGAUCGGCGUGGGGAAGCAGGGCCUCUGCUGCUCCUUUUGCAAGUACACGGUGCACGAGCGCUGCGUGGCCAGAGCGCCUCCUUCUUGCAUCAAGACUUACGUGAAGUCCAAGAAGAACACGGACGUGAUGCAUCAUUACUGGGUUGAAGGCAACUGCCCGACCAAGUGUGACAAGUGCCACAAAACGGUGAAGUGUUACCAGGGCCUGACAGGACUGCACUGCGUGUGGUGUCAGAUCACACUGCAUAACAAAUGUGCUUCUCAUCUAAAACCUGAAUGUGACUGCGGACCUUUGAAGGACCAUAUUUUACCACCCACAACAAUCUGUCCAGUGGUGCUGCAGACUCUGCCCACUUCAGGAGUUUCAGCCCCUGAGGAAAGACAAGCAACAGUGAGAAAAGAAAAGGGUGGUUCCCAGCAAUUAAACAAAGUAACUGACAAGAACAAAAUGCAAAGAGCCAACUCCGUUACUGUGGAUGGUCAAGGCCUACAGAUCACUCCUGUUCCAGGUACUCAUCCACUUUUAGUUUUUGUGAAUCCCAAAAGUGGCGGGAAGCAAGGAGAACGAAUUUACAGAAAAUUCCAAUAUCUACUAAAUCCUCGUCAGGUUUAUAGUCUUGCUGGAAAUGGACCAAUGCCAGGGUUAAACUUUUUCCGUGAUGUUCCUGAUUUCAGAGUGUUAGCCUGCGGUGGAGAUGGAACUGUCGGGUGGAUUUUGGACUGCAUAGAAAAGGCUAACGUAGUCAAGCAUCCUCCAGUGGCUAUUCUGCCUCUUGGGACCGGCAAUGAUCUAGCAAGAUGCCUGCGAUGGGGAGGAGGUUAUGAAGGUGAGAAUCUGAUGAAAAUCUUAAAAGACAUUGAAAACAGCACAGAAAUCAUGUUGGACAGGUGGAAGUUUGAAGUCAUACCUAAUGACAAAGAUGAGAAGGGAGACCCAGUGCCUUACAGUAUCAUCAAUAAUUACUUUUCCAUUGGCGUGGAUGCCUCCAUUGCCCACAGAUUCCACAUCAUGAGAGAAAAACACCCAGAGAAAUUCAACAGUAGAAUGAAGAACAAAUUUUGGUAUUUUGAGUUUGGCACAUCUGAAACUUUCUCAGCCACCUGCAAGAAGCUACAUGAAUCUGUAGAAAUAGAAUGCGAUGGAGUACAGAUUGACUUAAUAAACAUCUCUCUGGAGGGAAUUGCUAUUUUGAAUAUACCGAGCAUGCACGGAGGGUCCAAUCUUUGGGGAGAGUCUAAGAAAAGACGAAGCCACCGCCGAAUGGAGAAAAAAGGAUCUGACAAGAGGACCACGCUCACAGAUGCCAAAGAGUUGAAGUUUGCAAGUCAAGAUCUAAGUGAUCAGCUGCUGGAAGUGGUUGGCUUGGAAGGAGCCAUGGAGAUGGGGCAGAUAUACACAGGACUGAAAAGCGCUGGGCGGCGGCUGGCUCAGUGCUCCUCUGUGGUCAUCAGGACUAGCAAGUCUCUGCCAAUGCAAAUCGAUGGGGAACCAUGGAUGCAGACCCCAUGUACUAUAAAAAUUAUACACAAGAACCAAGCCCCAAUGCUGAUGGGCCCCCCUCCAAAAACUGGGUUGUUCUGCUCCCUCGUCAAAAGAACAAGAAACCGAAGCAAGGAAUAAUCCCGCCUGCCUCGUUUCCCUCUGAGAGAUCUAAUUAGCAUAAUUGGGCCAUGGAACACUUAGGCUGGAAGUCUUUGAAACAUUUCAAGUCUCCUGCUCAUGCAAAAUCAUGGAAUUGGUUUAACAGCUUUUGUUACUGAGCUAAUGUAAAAUUCAGCUAUUAGAAAAUGUAUUGUCUCAGUUUCUAUAGGCAUCUUUGCAUGAAGAAAGCAGAAGUUGACAUGAAGUAAUACUGCAUAUUUUUGUUGCAUGCAUUCCCAUAGAUUUUUA